AUGUCAGUUGAACGCAAUAAUUUAGAAGUGGCAAAAGCUCUACUGGAUGGUGGAGCUAUUCACGACAUAGGUUUUUUUAACAACUACAAGGGACCAUUACACUUGGCUGUCGAAAAGGGCCACUUAGAGAUGGUAAAACUUCUCAUAGAUCACCAUGUAAAUGUCAAUGCUUUCGACAGAUCAUUUCGAACUCCGUUGCACGUUGUAUGUUCUCUAGGGACUCUAAAGAACGCCAAUUACAUCGAGAUCGUCAAAGAGCUAAUUAAAGCUGGGGCAGACGUCAACGCAAAAGACCUAUAUGAAAACACACCUUUGCACCUGGUAUCGAAAAAUUGUUUAAACGAUGUGAUCGAUUUGUUGUUGACCGCAGGUGCUGAAGUUAACAGUAAAAACAACAAGGACAAUUCGCCACUUCAUCUUGUGUCAAACAAGCAAGUCAGUACGAAUACACUUCAACGACUAGUCAAAGCUGGAAGUGAAACAAAUGUAGCGAAUUGUUACGGAAAAACCCCCUUGCACCAACUGGCCACCCACCUUUCGCCAAAGAUGCUGGAAAUUUUGCUCAAAAACGGCGCAUUGGCUAAUAUUUAUGACUAUCAUGACUUGGACGCUAUGUCUUACGUGAUAGAUAACUGCAAGUACAACAUGCCGAAAAAAAAACUGGGCGAGUCUCUGAAUGCCAUAAGACUCCUCAUAGACAACGGAUCGGAUAUCAACCGCAUGAACAAACGUGGCUUUUCGACGCUGUACUUGGCUCUUUUCAACAAUUGCCACUCCAAAAUUGUGUCUUUCCUGCUGAGGUGUGGGUCGAUCAUUGACUUUGACAGCAUAAUGAUCCAAAAAACGAUAAAACAAAAAGAGAUUUCGGAGUCUUCGCGUUUGUUAAUAAAACAUGCGGCUCUGUAUGACGUGCAGUGUCGUAAAGACAUGCUGCUGAAUUUCAGUUUGGACAAGUUGAACAAGCAACAGCAGGAAUUAUACGCUCAUUGUAAAAAAGAACUACUUUUCAUGAAAAUGAUGAUAAUCGAGGGAACGGUGUCGUUAUUUGACUUUCUUACGGAUAAAGACGUCAGCGCUUACGUGCAGGACGAAAAUAUUUUAAAAGUUUUUAAUAUCAAUCACAUCACUCUAUCUUUUCCAAAUUACUCUGAAAUGCUGAGUGACCGUUUCUCCAGUGAACAAUUGAAACUGGAAAAUUCACAAAAAAAAUAA